AGCGUAAAAUAUUCAAGUCUAUCAAUUAGCACUAACCCAAAGCAAGCUUUUUCCAAAUAUUUUUCAUUUCCCAAGAAACGCUACUUUCGAAGGCAAGCGCAACAAUACAAUAUUUAUAUAUACAAAGUUUUGCACUCUCCGCCCAUCCCUUCAUUCUCUACUGAGCUCGGCUUCGUUUUAUAGAGAAGGGAAGGGACGAAGAGAGCAGAGAAAAUUAGGAGAAGAAGCGUUUUUGUGGUAAUUUCCACCCAUUUUUGUAGUUUCCCUUGUUUAAGUCAGAAUAUUCGUAUUCGUAUACCCUUAUUGUUAUACAUGAGUAUUGAACUUUGUUUUUGUGUUGUUGGUGGAGGAAAAUUUUGAAUUUUUAGCCAACUUAGUUCAUACAUAAGUGUGGGAAACAUCCGUUUCUUAUAUUUGUGGGAUAUGCUCUGGUGGUGUUGAAUACUGCAAAACUUUGGGAGAUAAUUCUAUUUUCUUUGAUCUUUGAACAUAUGGGUAGAAGAAGGGCAAAAGGUGUGGGAAAUGAGGGGCUGUUGAUGAAUUCUGGAAUUGGGUUCUUGUGGUGUCCCCAAGAUGAGAAUUAUCACAUUGGGGGGUUGUUUGCAUGUGUGGGGCAAAUGGGGAUGGGGUUUGAGAUAUCCCCAAAAUCUACAGACAAUGCCUUAAAGCUUCCGAUUUCUUUCGGGAAGCACGGGUUGCCAGAACCUGGUUUGUCUAUGGGUGGAAAGGUGGAAUCAAUGCCGGGUGAAGCUUUGAAAGUUGGAGAGGAAGGGGUGCUGACUACGAAAAAUAAGAAAAAAAGUGGUCUUAACUUAAAAGUUAAGAUUGGGAAUCCAUCGUUGAGGAGGUUGAUAAGCGGAGGGAUUGCAGGUGCAGUUUCACGUACUGCAGUGGCUCCACUGGAGACAGUAAGGACUCAUUUGAUGGUAGGAAGUUGUGGCCAUUCAACGACUGAAGUAUUCCAGAAUAUAUUGAAGCACGAAGGAUGGCAGGGCUUAUUCAGGGGUAAUCUCGUGAAUGUUAUUCGGGUUGCACCAAGCAAGGCAAUAGAGUUAUUUGCUUAUGACACAGUUAAGAAGCAGCUGACACCAAAACCUGGAGAGCAUCCCAAACUAUGCAUACCUGCUGCUCCAAUUGCAGGUGCUGUUGCAGGAAUUAGCUCUACCUUAUUCACUUACCCAUUUUCAUGA